AUGAGAAUAUCUCUAGAAUAUCUAAUUUUCCAUUUGCUUUUAGCAAAUUUCUUAAAAAAUAAUAUAAAAUGUGAAAUAAAUGGAAAUUUUCUGAGCUACGAUGAGGAUGACACAAAUAAUUUCGGAGAAUCGAACUCUUCGGAUUUUAUGAACAAUGAAAAAUCCUAUAUUAUGGGCUUAAAUUCCGUCAGUAAAAAUAAAAGAAUGGUAAAUAAUUAUAGUUCAUUAUCUAUCAAUCCAUUAUAUGGUUAUAAAAAAGAAUAUUAUUUAAAAGCUUUUCUUGAUACUAGUAAAAAUAGUAAUGAAAAUGCAAAAUUGCAUGAAGAGGAAAAAAAUUAUGCAAAAUCUAAUGGAACAUGUUCUAGUUUCAUGAUUAUAAAUGAGCAUGAUAAUACAACAAAUAAAUCUAAAGAUAUAAACGAAAGCAGAAAAUUUGACAAAUCGUGGAACCCAGAUAUAGCAGAAGCAGAACAAAGUUCUAGAAAAAUGUUGAAAGAAGAAGUUAAUAAGGAAUUAUUAAAUCAUAAAAAUACUUAUAAUAAUAGCAUGCUCAACAUCACAACAGAACAGUAUAAACAAAAUAUGCAAAAAUAUUUAUAUGGGACAAUUUCAAAAAAAGAAAGUAAAUAUAUUGAACUGAAACCCCAUAAAUUUCAAAGUUUUAAUUACAUUAAGGAUGUUGAAAGCACUAAACCCAAUGUCAAAAAAAAUAAGGAACAUAAAGAAAAGAAUAUUAGUAUUCAUAACGCUUUCAUAAUAAAUAAAGGAGGUAAAAAUAAUGAACUCAAAAAUAAGGGUAAAAAAAAAGAAUUAAUUUCUUCAGAUAAUAACACUAACAAUAAGGACAAUAUAUAUUUCGAAAAAGAAAUGUAUAUCCAAAUAAAAUAUCCAGUAUAUAAUAAAAAAACAGAAACGGAAAAUGUAUAUCAUAGUGGAGCACAUUAUGUCCUAAAUAAUCAGACAGACGAAAAAUCAGUUCCUAAUAGUAGCAAUACUGAAUCUAUAAAACAAACCGAUUAUAAAAGCGAUAUUGCAAAGGAAAGUAAAAAUAAAACAUAUUCCUACUUAAGUGAUAAUGAUUUAGAAAAUAUAUUAAAAAAUGAAUGUAAGCCUGAAAGUAAUGAUAAUUUAAGAAAUAAUAAAACAGAAGUUUUUAAAAAAAGUGAUUCAAUAGAAAAGGAAGAAGAUUCUAUAGAUCUAGAUUUAAAAGAUGCAAUUGCCAGAGAUAUGGACAAUAAAGAUUCAAGGAAUAAUGAUAAAAAUAAGCCAAAUGUAGAAGAUAAUGGAAUGAUAGAAAAUGAUAUAAAUGAUGUAGAACUAGUGAAAGAUAAAAUUCAUAAUUCAUACAUAGAUUUCUCCAUAAAAUAUUUGGGUCUUGGUUAUGAUAUUAUUAUGGGGAACCCAGAAGGGGAUCCAACUUUAAAUAUUGAUCCAGGAUUUAGAGGACCAGUGCUUAAAAUAAAUAUCGAAGAUAUGAGCUUCAAUGAUAAUAGUAGCAGUUACAGUAGCAGUGGCAGUGACAAAAGAAAUGAUAGCGGUAGUAGCACUAAUAGAGAUAGUAACAGUAGCAGUGGUAGUGACAAUAACAUCCGCGAUGUUACCAAAAACAGGAGAAUUAUAAAGAAAAAUAAUAAAAAAAAACAACGAUUAAGCCCCUGGAUAAUUCCUGAGCAUUCUUGUAAUCAAUCAAAAAAUGUAGAAGAAAUAAGAAAUUUAGAGCAGUAUAAAUUAGAACUAUCAUCAGAUGUUAAAGUGAGCACACCAUCCUAUUUCCCCUAUUCCUUUUCUGCAUCAGCAGAAUAUAAAAAUGCACUAAAAAAAUUGAAUGUUCAAAAUUCCGUCAUAUUUUUGAUGAAGAUAUAUUGUUUACGUUAUCAUACUGGAAUACCGAUUACAAAAACUUGGAAAUUUACAGAUAAUUUUAAAAACGCUUUGAAGAAUUUACCUUCCACCUUUGAUGGUUUAAAAGAAAACAGUGAGUGUACAUAUGAAUAUUAUAUCAAGAAAUUAAACACUACAGAAUGUGAAAAAAAUGUUAAUAAAUGGAUGCUUUUUUUUAAGCUCCAUGGUACACAUAUAGCUCAUGAAAUUUAUUUGGGAGGUAAAAUAACAGUAAAAAUGAAUAUGGAUAAAAAUGAAUAUAAUAAAAUGAAAGAUAAAAAUGUAAAUGUAAAAACUAUUUUUAAUUUUUAUUUUCACCAAAUGGGUCUAUCGUCAUCAUAUAAUAAAAAAACGCAAAAAAUAUUAAACAAAUUUCGUACAUCCAAAAGUGUAUCUAUUCUUGGGGGAAAUCCAGGUUUAAAUGUGGAAGAUUCUACCUUUUUUGAAAAGUGGGUUGAUUCUAUUAAUAAAAAUUCCAUGCCAAUAAGAACAAAAUUAUUACCAUUCAGUUUCUUUAUGGAUGACCCAAAUAUGAUAAAAGCAUAUAAUGAUGCAUUAACCUUUUAUGGAUUAACUUAUGGAAUUGAAUUAUUUGAUAAAGAAAAAUAUAAUCAAACUGUAUUGUCUAUUGGUGAAUAUCUUGAAAAGGCCGAACAAAAACUGUAUGCUGGUCCUCCUCCUGGUUUAUUAACAUGUCCCAUAGGAAGGAGUCUUGUGAUGGGUUUUUCGUUAAAUUUAGAUUUUUAUAAAAACAAAGAAUUGAAUAAAACUACUGGUAUAACUAUCUGUGAACAGUUGAAAGAAUCAUGUAGUGGAAAUGGAUUUGAAAAUAAUUAUUCAGAUAUGAGGAUAUGGGGUUUAUGUUCUGAAAGACCACUAGACUUUAUUGCACAAGUAGUACAACAAGGAGAAUCUCCUAAAGUUACAGCAACAUGUCCUGGUAAUAUGGUUAUACUAUUUGGCUUUGCCUUAAUGAAAGGUAAAGGCUCAUCAUCUGCCAAUAAAGUAGACAUAUAUCCUUGCCGUACUGGUCAAACUAGCUGCUUAGCAGUUUUACAAAAUAGUAAAUUUAAGCAAAGUAUGAUAUAUAUUGCCUGUAUAGACAAAUCAACAAAAGGUUUAGAAGAUAUACAAACUUUUAGCAAAAUAAGAAACAUGGAUCAAGUUAAUACAAAUAAUUAUAAAAAAGACGGUUAUCUCGAUUUUACUUGUCCCAAAAAUAGUACUUUAGUGUUUGGUUUUUCCUUAGAAUUUCAUACAAAUUUUCCAAAAACUAGAAGUAAUUUUACGCACUGCUCAAAGAAAUCUAACAGUUGCAAAAUAAAGGGAAUAGGAAUGGAUACCAAUUUAUCUCUUUUUAGAUCUGAUAAACACUCAUUAGGUAUCGUAGCUGUUUGUCGAUCACAAACAAAUAAGACUUAUAUUCAUUAUGCGUAA